AUGGGUUUGGCUAAAGUAGAUGGGAGGUCUAGAAUUUAUAGCAUUGAUCUUCCAGUUGGUUGCACCAUCUAUCCUGCUGAGGAUGAAGUUCUUUGUUUCCUCUAUAGAUGUGAUGGUAGGAACUUAGUUACUCAUUAUGUAUCAGAAAUGAGAAAACAUGUUGAAUUGCUGAAAUCUUUGAUAGAUACUCAAUCUGCAAAAGGAGAUGAAGCAAAAGACAUUGGCAAGUGGUUUUGCUUCUCAUUUGAGUCUUUGCUGUUUGAUCUCUAUCAUUCACUUAUUUCAUUUAUCAAUGGGACAACUGCACUAAAAAGUGGUUCCUUGCGUCAUGAUAUUCAUUAUUGGCUAGGUAAAGAUACCUCUCAGGACGAAGCAGGUGUUGCUGCCAUCAAAACAGUUGAACUAGAUGCUGCUCUUGGAGGCCGUGCUGUACAGUACCGUGAAGUACAGGGCCAUGAAACAGAGAAGUUCUUAUCUUAUUUUAAACCAUGUAUUAUACCACAAGAAGGUGGAGUUGUGUCUGGGUUCAAGCAUGCUGAGGCUGAAGAACAUCAGACGCGCUUGUAUGUUUGCAGAGGAAAACAUGUUGUCCAUGUUCCUUUUGCUCGAUCCUCACUCAACCAUGAUGAUAUUUUUAUUCUUGACACAAAGUCAAAAAUUUUUCAAUUUAAUGGUUCCAACUCAUCCAUUCAAGAGAGAGCUAAAGCUUUAGAAGUGGUUCAGUACAUCAAAGAUACUUGUCAUGAUGGAAAAUGUGAGGUAGCUGCUGUUGGUAAGUGGAGAGUUAGACUGGAGACUCCAAAUAUGAUAGAUGGAAAAUUGAUGGCCGAUGCUGAAACUGGCGAGUUCUGGGGUUUCUUCGGUGGAUUUGCACCACUUCCAAGGAAAACAGCAAGUGAUGAGGAUAAGACUGAUGCUUCUUUUCCUACUAAGUUGUUUGGUGUUGAGAAGGGGCAGGCAGAACCUGUUGAAUCUGAUCCUUUGACAAGGGAGUUGCUAGACACCAAUAAGUGUUAUAUUCUAGAUUCUGGAGUGGAAGUUUUUGUGUGGAUGGGGAGAAAUACUUCUCUUGAUGAUAGGAAAAGUGCAAGUGGAGCAGCAGAAGAGUUAGUCCGUGCUGCUGAACGACCAAAAUCCCGCAUUGUUCGUGUAAUUGAGGGGUUUGAGACAGUGAUGUUUAGAUCAAAAUUUGAAACAUGGCCCCAGACAGCUAACGUGACCGUGUCUGAGGAUGGUAGAGGCAAAGUUGCAGCACUUCUAAGACGCCAGGGGGUUAAUGUCAAGGGUCUGUUAAAAACUGCUCCUGUGAAAGAAGAACCUCAGCCCUACAUUGAUGUUACUGGAAAUUUGCAGGUUUGGAGUGUGAAUGGGCAGGAAAAGACUCUCAUUUCUGCAGCAGAUCAGUCAAAAUUUUACAGUGGUGGUUGCUAUAUUUUUCAGUAUUCAUAUCCAGGAGAAGACAGGGAAGAAUAUCUUAUUGGAACAUGGUUUGGGAAGAAGAGUGUUGAGGAAGAAAGAGCUUCUGCUAUUUCACUGGCAAGCAAGAUGGUUGAAUCAUUAAAGUUUCUGCCUGCCCAGGCUCGCAUCUAUGAAGGAAAAGAACCAAUUCAGUUCUUUUCAAUCUUCCAGAGCUUUAUUGUAUUCAAGGGUGGUCAUAGCUCUGGAUACAAGAACUAUAUUGCAGAGAAUGGACUCCCAGAUGAGACAUACAAGGAGGAUGGUGUUGCAUUAUUCAGGGUCCAGGGUUCUGGACCUGAUAAUAUGCAAGCUAUACAAGUUGAACCAGUUGCAUCAUCACUGAAUUCCUCCUACUGUUACAUAUUACAUAAUGACUCCUCUGUUUUUACGUGGUCUGGAAACCUUACUACCUCAGAGGACCAGGAACUUAUUGAAAGGCAGCUGGAUUUGAUAAAGCCAAAUAUGCAGUUGAAGCCCCAAAAGGAAGGUUCGGAAUCUGAACAAUUUUGGGAUUUGUUGGGAGGAAAAUCUGAGUAUGCCAGCCAAAAACUUGCAAGGGAAGCUGAAAGUGAUCCACACCUAUUCUCUUGCAUAUUCUCAAGAGGAAACCUGAAGGUGUCUGAGAUAUACAAUUUCACACAGGAUGAUUUAAUGACUGAAGAUAUUUUUAUCUUGGAUUCUCAUUCUGAGAUCUUUGUCUGGGUGGGGCAACAGGUUGAUUCCAAGAGCAAACUGCAAGCCUUAACUAUUGGAGAGAAAUUUCUUGAGCAAGAUUUUCUGUUAGAGAGGUUAUCUGGUGAAUCUCCAAUAUAUAUUGUUAUGGAAGGGAGUGAGCCACCUUUCUUCACACGUUUCUUCUCAUGGGAUUCUGCAAAAUCUUUAAUGCAUGGAAACUCAUUCCAAAGGAAACUUGCUAUUGUAAAAAAUGGGGGUACUCCAGUUCUAGAUAAACCCAAACGUAGAACACCUGUAUCAUAUGGAGGCAGAUCUAGUGUACCUGAAAAGUCACAGCGUUCCAGAAGCAUGUCUUUCAGCCCUGAUAGAGUUCGUGUGAGGGGAAGGUCUCCAGCUUUCAAUGCGCUAGCUGCUAACUUUGAGAACCCUAGUACCCGAAACCUUUCAACUCCACCACCAGUUGUUAGAAAGGUAUAUCCGAAGUCUGUGAGCCCUGAUUCAGCAAAACUGGAUUCCAAAUCUGCAGCUAUAGCAGCACUUACUGCAAGUUUUGAACAACCGCCACCAGCACGACAAGUUAUUAUGCCUCGGUCUGUCAAAGUGAGCCCUGAGGCACCAAAGUCGACACCUGAAUCAGACUCUAAGGUGAACUCUAUGAGCAGCAGAAUAGAAUCCCUCACCAUUCAAGAGGAUGUGAAAGAGGAUGAAGCUGAAGAUGAGGAAGGUCUCCCAAUUUAUCCAUUUGAACGCCUUAAAGUUAACUCGCCAGAUCCUGCUACUGAAAUUGAUGUGACCAAGCGAGAGACUUACCUGUCAGCAGCAGAGUUUAGGGAGAAAUUUGGGAUGGCAAAGGAUGCCUUCUACAAGUUACCCAAAUGGAAACAAAACAAGCUUAAAAUGGCCCUUCAGUUGUUCUGA